UCUCUCGGAGCUUUCGGGUCUCGACGAGGAAAUUGACUCAAUCUGCAGAUGCAAAAGCUUGAGAAAUUCGAGAAAUUCGAGAGUACUCGGUCGGUCGAGCACGAAAAUUAAUUCAAAUCGGCUCAGAUUUGUACUUUGUCGACAAGGAUUGUAGAGAAUAAUAAUGGGAAACAGAAGAGAAUUCCGGUGGGGAGAUGCUGCGGACGAAGAUGAAGGAAUUGAGGGAGUCUUGCCUCCUAUGCAUGUUAAAGGUCCUGAUGACAAGGGAGUGAAAAUUAUCACCGAGUGGAGAAAGAGAGAGGAUGGAGCGAAAGUGAAGGUCACCACCACUGUGAGAGUGAAAAAACAGGUCAAGAGGCUCAAUCCAGCUGUGAUUCGAAGGCGCAGCGUGAAGAAGUUCGGGGACGCUGUUGGUCAGAACUCGUCCGAGAAUCUCACUGUGGUCUCCACAGAGGAGAUAUUCUUGGAGAGGUUCCGGCCUGUUGGACAGCAAGGGCAGAAGCAGGAAGAGAAGGGUGCAGAGCUUGCAAGUUUGGGUAAUGCCUCGUUGAUUGUUUGCAGAACUUGCGGGAAGAAGGGAGAUCACUGGACCUCUAAAUGUCCCUUCAAGGAGCUUGCAGCUAACCGAGGAUUCGGAGAGAAACCUCCAGGUGAUGACGAUAUGGGAAUGUCCACAUCUGCGGGCCCAGGGGGCAAGGCUUCCUACGUCCCACCCAGUAUGCGUGGAGGCUCCAAAGGGGAUGGAGAGAGCAUGCGGAAAGGAAGGGAUGACAAUUCCAUUAGGGUUACCAAUCUUUCUGAGGAUACUAGGGAGCAAGAUCUACAAGAGCUGUUCAGGCCAUUUGGAUCUAUCUCUCGUAUUUACGUUGCAUUUGACCGCGACACCGGCUUGAGCCGAGGAUUCGCCUUCAUCAAUUUUGUUAGCAGGGAGGAUGCUGUGCGUGCUAUCAACAAGCUGGACGGAUAUGGAUACGACAAUCUAAUUCUUCGUGUGGAAUGGGCCACUCCUAGAACAGACAGAGCUUAGACAGACAGAACUACCUCCCCAAUUAGUAGGAACUUUUUUUUACGUCCUUACGGGUAACCGCUCAUAGUAGGCUGUAUGGGCGAUAUCAGUCUUGAAAGAAUCUUUCGCAACUUGUUGAUGAACUGCACUUUACCUCUCUGGACGUAUCUCAGUCAGCGGUGGGCUUGUGUAAAAGGAAGUACCGCAUCAUUAGGUGAUGAGCACAUUCUCGAGUGCUGCGGGAAAUCUGUUGGAUGUGAAACGUUCACAGAAGUGGAUAGUAGUGUAAUGGAAUCUAUCAUUAGCUCGGGAGCCUACAGCAGUAUCCAGAAGUUUUUCUGUAAGUGUCAAGCUGUUGUAAUUGCGGGGGGAGGUCGAUGUUUUCUGAUCGACCAUCAAUUUUUUAGUCAAAUUGCCCGGGAGGUAAAAAAAUGGAGCUCAUCAAUUGUGUCGAACGUGUUGGUUGGAAGUUUUCUUGAGGCUGUGGAUUCUGAUAAGACACUAAGGUUGUCAGUCUCCGAUGCACUGCAGUCAGUAUCGUUGAAAUACCGACUUUUUGUGCAGUCCACAAAGGUCAAGGGAUAUGUGGUGUAGCUAACUUCCUCCAUCAUACGGUUCUUCUGUGAAGGUGUACAGGU